CUACUCGCCGGCCCUCCCCGCUCCUUCCCCGCAGAAGUCCGGGCAGCAGUCCCUCGUGGCUGAUCGGAGGCAUGGCGCACUACAACUUCAAGAAGAUCACGGUGGUUCCGUCCGCCAAGGACUUUAUUGACUUGACAUUGUCGAAGACUCAACGAAAGACUCCGACAGUUAUCCAUAAACAUUAUCAAAUCCAUCGCAUUAGACAUUUUUAUAUGAGGAAAGUCAAAUUUACUCAGCAGAAUUACCAUGACAGACUCUCACAGAUUCUGACGGAUUUCCCCAAAUUGGAUGAUAUUCAUCCAUUUUAUGCUGAUUUGAUGAACAUUCUGUAUGACAAGGAUCAUUACAAGUUGGCUCUAGGACAAAUAAAUAUUGCCAAAAAUUUAGUGGACAAUGUUGCUAAAGAUUAUGUGCGGCUUAUGAAAUAUGGUGAUUCUCUCUAUCGCUGCAAGCAGCUGAAACGUGCGGCCCUUGGGCGAAUGUGUACUAUUAUCAAAAGACAGAAGCAGAGUUUGGAAUAUUUGGAACAAGUGCGUCAGCAUCUGUCCCGUCUGCCGACCAUUGACCCGAAUACAAGGACCCUGCUUCUCUGUGGGUACCCGAAUGUCGGCAAGUCCAGCUUCAUCAAUAAGGUGACGAGAGCAGAUGUGGACGUCCAGCCCUACGCCUUUACCACCAAGUCUCUGUUUGUUGGGCACAUGGAUUAUAAGUAUCUGCGCUGGCAGGUGGUGGAUACUCCGGGGAUCCUGGACCACCCUCUGGAGGAUCGCAACACCAUUGAGAUGCAGGCCAUCACUGCGCUGGCUCACCUGCGAGCCGCGGUUCUCUACGUGAUGGAUUUGUCUGAGCAGUGUGGGCACGGACUCGGGGAGCAGCUGGAGCUCUUCCAGAACAUCAGGCCACUCUUUGUCAACAAGCCUCUUAUCAUUGUAGCAAACAAAUGUGACGUGAAGAGAAUAGCUGAACUUUCUGAGGACGAUCAGAAAAUAUUUCUAGAUCUGCAGGCUGAAGGGUUUUCUGUGGUGGAGACCAGCACCCUGACGGAGGAAGGGGUUAUUAAAGUGAAGACAGAGGCUUGUGACAGGCUUUUGGCUCAUCGAGUUGAAACUAAAAUGAAAGGAAAUAAAGUGAACGAGGUGCUGAACAGACUGCAUUUGGCUGUUCCCAGCAGAAGAGAUGACAAGGAGCGGCCCCCAUUCAUCCCUGAAGGAGUCGUGGCACGCAGAAAGAGAAUGGAGCUCGGGGAGCCGAAGAGGAGGCGGGAACGGGACAUUGAGCUGGAAAUGGGAGAUGAUUAUAUUCUGGAUCUUCAAAAGUACUGGGAUAUAAUGAAUUCAUCUGAGAAACAUGAUAAGAUACCUGAGAUCUGGGAAGGCCAUAACAUAGCCGACUAUAUUGAUCCUGACAUCAUGCAGAAAUUGGAAGAGUUAGAAAAAGAAGAAGAGCUAAGAACAGCUGCUGGAGUGUAUGACAGUGAAUCUGAAACUGAAGAUGAAGAAAUGGCAGAAAUCCAACAGCUGGCAAAACAGAUUAGGGAAAAAAAGAAGUUGAAGAUUCUGCAGUCCAGAGAGAAGGACACACAGGGACCCAGGAUGCCUCGGACAGCCAAGAAGGUUCAGCGGAAGGUUUUGGAGGAUGAGAUGCGCAGUCUCGGUGUCGACAUGGACAACAAAGACAAUGCCCAUUAUGUGGUCCAGGCUAGAAGGUCUCGGAGUGUCACAAGGAAAAGGAAGCGGGAAGACUCUGUCCCACCCACGUCUGUGGCCCGGAUUCGCAGUUGCUCUCGGACCCCACGUGAUGUCUCUGGUCUCCGGGACGUCAAGAUGGUGAAGAAAGCCAAGACCAUGAUGAAGAACGCUCAGAAGAAGAUGAAUCGCUUGGGGAGGAAAGGGGAGGCAGACAGACAUGUGUUUGACAUGAAACCCAAGCACCUGCUCUCGGGAAAGAGGAAAGCUGGUAAAAAGGACAGGAGAUAGUGUCCAUCGCAACUGAAGCGCUUUGGCUCGACUUCUUCCUGGUUUGGUUUCACAGAAUUGAAGUCGUGAUCUGUAAACUGAACGUGACAGUGGAAUAACUCAAGCACUUGUUGCUUUGCUGAAAGCUGUGGUUACCCGAUAACUGUCCAGGUGUGGGGGAUUUUUAUCGCUGCAUAAUACAGAUAUUUUGAGCAGGCAGUGGUUUCUCAUUUAUGGAGUUUUGGUUGCUUCAGACUUGCAGGGCUGGAAGGAUAUAUUUAUGUGACUUGUUUUUGAUGGAGAAAAAUCUUACUCUCUUGUGCAACGGGGAACUUUGGUUUCACUGCAUGUGUAGAGUCCUUAGCUGGUGAAAACUUACAGAUGUCAGGAUGCCAGGACUAAGUUAUCUUCUAAUCCUUUUGUACAGUGUACUGUUGUAGUCUGUCUUCAACUAGUUUAUCCAAAAUAAACUUCCCAAAGAAAGCAGUUUUAUUUAGUUGGUUUUGUUUUUGUUUUUUUAGUUACAAAUCACUGUCAGUUUGGGCAGAUGAAAAGGGAAAAGAAAGUAAAUGGCAAUUCUUUUUCGUUUUCAAAGCGAAAAAUACUUUUUAGUGGAACAGAAUGUUGCCUAAGUUACUAAAGCAGUUAAAUGUGGGCAUCUGCUGCUUGUGUCCACUGCUGAAAAUUAAUUUAUUUUGAGUAGAAAUCAUUGUGAGGUACAUGCCCAGUAAAACGUAGGAAAUUAACAUUUUAGAAUAUUAAGUGCUUAAAACGUCACUUCUCGACCACAAAACUGCCGUGGCCACCGCUUUGUGUGCAGUUUCAAGCAUCCCCUCUGCUGACUCACGGCAUUUCUAAGUGCACCUAUGUGGGAGUCUUCCAGUGUCAUGCAGUGUAAUUCAAGGUGUGUUUGAAAGUUGCAUUACAUUUUGGGGAUCCAAAGUAAAAUUUUCAUUUGUUUAUGCUGAGAAAGAUUAUGUAAAGAGAAACCUGUUGAGUGUCAGGUGAGAGGGAGUAGGAAGCACCGGAGUCCCUCUCCUCCCAGGUUACAGUGGCUCUGGCAGAAUCUGUGCUGUAACUAUUGAAUAUUUGGGACUCCAGCAUCUUUAAAGGCUCACCUCUUCCAGGGAAAGGCUCCAUGGUAAACCAGUUUGUCAGUUUUAGCCCCUGUGGCUUAGCAAUUGCCUCACCUCUCACCCCAAACCCUGUGGCAGUCACUGUACCUGUGUUUCUGGACGUGCUUGUGGGAUUCAGAUUGGGUCCUAAGGGCCUUGUUCUCCAAAUAUUAGGAUUUUGUUUUGAUUGACAGUUGCUGCUUCUGAUGGCAGAGGUUUGUUUAUACAGAGAUGGAUCCCCAUCAGCUGAAUUUGAAGGGUCAGUGCCUGUUUCUUUUUCCCUUGCAUUUUUCCUUUUUUACCCCUUUGGAGAGCUAGAGAUGUGAGGAUUAGGACUUAAGAAAGAAAGCACUGCUGGCUCAGGGGAAUUUAGAAAGUCAGCAUGUCUGUGUCCAGGGAAAGACACACAGUCGGAAAGGAAGUGAGAGACGUGAAGACCUCGGGUGGUACAGAUGCCCAACAACAACUAAAAAUUCACAUACAAAGAAAUAGGAAAGUGUGUGGUCCAUUAAAGGAAAAAACUGAGAAACUGUCCCUCAGGAAGACAUGACAGACUUACUAGACACUGCCUUAAAGAUGCUCAAGGAGCUAAAGGAAGACGUGGACAAAGUCAGAAAAAACAAUGAACAAACCAGGAAUAUCAUCAAUAAAGAGAAUAAAGUUUUAUAGACGGCUUCCUCUGCUCUGUACCUGUUGUCAGUGGUUUGCCCAGCAUCUAACAAACAGUCUAAGAUGCCACGGCCCAUAUGGCAACCACUAGCCACUGUAGCCACCCAGUAACUGGUUACAUGUGUCUUUUAGCCUAAAAGUUCCUACUAAAGAACUAGAAACAAUAUAAAAAUGCAUUUUGAAGCUCUAUGUCAUUUAUCACUUAAGCUACCGUAGGCGGGUUGACCUAUUAACUGUAUUGAAGUUUUAACAAACUAGACAACAGUAUCAAAAUGUGGUAAUUUAGUUUUGUUUUUAUUUUUCAAUAAAGUUACUAUUAGCUACACAGUCUUGCCUGAAAUUAACUGUUCAGGGUUAACAAAUGGAUUUUUCUACUGAAUUUAUAAAACAUUUAGCUUUGUAAGAAACAAAUUUUUAUCUUUUUCUUCAUUACUUAUUAAUACACAGCAUUCAAAGAUAAUAAAGCUGUCUUAAGAUUUCAAAUCUGAGAAGUCUAUGACAAGAGUUUAAAGAAGUACAUUAGUCAGUGUACUUUAAAUAUUAAUACACACAUAUUCCAUAACCCAAAUCUAUUUAAUAUGAACGUUAGCCUUUCUUUUUGAUAAUUUUCCCCCUACAACACGGCCUGACUCAGCAGAACAGUGGUUCUCAGCUGUGGGUAACGCUGUCCUCGAGGAGACAUUUGGCAUCUGGUGUCACUGGGCUGUCAUGGGGGGAGGGGUGCCAACAGCAUUUUUUUUUUUUUUUUGUGGUAUGCGGGCCUCCCUCUGUUGUGGCCUCUCCCGUUGCGGAGCACAGGCUCCGGACGCGCAGGCCCAGCGGCCAUGGCUCACGGGCCCAGCUGCUCCGCGUCAUGCGGGAUCCUCCCAGACCAGGGCGCGAACCCGGUUCCCCUGCAUCAGCAGGCGGACACGCAACCACUGCGCCACCAGGGAAGCCCUCAACAGCAUUUUUUAAUGUAGAACCUGGGGAUGCUGCUAAAUCCUACAACACAAAGGAUGAGCCCCCAAAAGAA